AUGAGGCUUCCGCCUUCCUUGGCUGUUGCAUUUGGAAACAGGCAGCUAACAACCGCCCAACUUUUUGCAGAUACCUAUGAAAAGAUCUGCCGGUACCUUGCCAGAGAAAGCGACUCUGUGGUUGUGUCUGUCGGGUAUCGUUUAGCUCCUGAACACCCAUACCCUGCUCCAUAUGAAGACUGUCUUAAUGCCACCAUACACUUUAUGAAGGAUAUCGAGCACUAUGGUGUGGAUCCUGCCAAUGUAAUUGUCUGUGGGGACAGUGCUGGGGGCAAUAUAGCAGCUGAUAUUAGUCAGACCCUUGCAGGUAGAUCAGACCUCCCCAAACUACGUGCUCAGGUCUUGAUCUACCCAGGCCUUCAGGCACUGGACUUCAAUUUACCAUCCUAUCAGCAGAAUCGAGGAGUCCCUCUCUUAUUUCGAGAACGUGCCGCUUUCUUUGCUUUGCAGUACCUGAACGGGGAUGCACUGCAUAUGCAAGAGGUCUUGGAGGGCUCUCAUAUUCGGAAGUACAGGAAGUGGGUGAGCCCAGACAACAUCCCUGAAAAAUUUAAGGUCAGAGGCUACAAGCCACACAAGCCCCAUGAAUUCAAAGCUGAAGUUUUUGAGAAAGUUAAAGGAUUCUUUGAUCCCAACCUGUGUCCGCUGUUAGCCGAAGAUGCUAUUAUUCAGCAGCUGCCUGAGUCUUUCAUCUUGACUUGUGAGUAUGAUGUGCUACGAGAUGACGGCUUGCUUUACAAGAAGAGACUGGAGGACAACAGUGUUCGAGUGACCUGGUACCACCUCGAGGAUGGAUUCCAUGGAAUCAUAAGCCUAUAUGAUUUUUAUGGUUUUUCAUUUCCAGCUGGGAAAAGGGGAUUGGACAGAAUUGUUAAAUUCAUAAAAGACCUGUAA